CUUUUCCGGUUACUGUGGCGCGAAGAACCAUGAGCAGCAAAGUCUCCCGCGACACCCUGUACGAGGCGGUGCGGGAAGUCCUGCACGGGAACCAGCGCAAGCGCCGGCAGUUUUUGGAGACGGUGGAGCUGCAGAUCAGUCUGAAGAACUAUGACCCUCAAAAGGACAAACACUUCUCGGGCACCAUCAGGCUUAAGUCCACUCCCCGCCCCAAGUUCUCCGUAUGUGUUCUGGGGGAUCAGCAGCACUGUGAUGAGGCCAAGGCAGUGGAUAUUCCCCACAUGGAUACUGAGGCGCUGAAGAAACUCAACAAGAAUAAGAAAUUAGUCAAGAAGUUGGCCAAGAAGUAUGAUGCCUUUUUGGCUUCAGAAUCUCCGAUCAAGCAGAUCCCACGAAUCCUGGGCCCAGGCCUGAAUAAGGCUGGCAAGUUCCCUUCCUUGCUGACCCACAAUGAAAACAUGGUGGCCAAAGUGGAUGAAGUGAAGUCCACCAUCAAAUUCCAGAUGAAGAAGGUGCUGUGUCUGGCAGUGGCUGUUGGCCAUGUGAAGAUGACAGAUGACGAGCUUGUGUACAACAUCCACUUAGCGGUCAAUUUCCUGGUGUCCUUGCUCAAGAAGAAUUGGCAGAACGUCCGGGCUUUAUACAUCAAAAGCACCAUGGGCAAGCCCCAGCGCCUGUACUAAGGCACAGUUCAAUAAAUCCUAGUGCUACCCUUAAAAAAAAAAAAAAAAA